AUGCAUCUUCCCGGCCCCCGGGCGUGCCCCCGACGGCCCCGGCCUCGCGAUCCCGACGCCCCUUUACCCAACUCCAAGAAGCGUGAGCUUGAGUUGUUGGACAGGUUGAGGAAGCUGGAAGGCAUUGUGGAGGAGUUGAGCAGCCAGGUGGAAACCGAUCACACACGCCACGCCUCGACAUCCACGGCUUCUCCGGAACCCUCUGCUGAGGCAUCUGAUAGCCACGGGAGUGCCAGCGGCGCGACGCCUGGAAGCAAGGAGGAAGAGUCGCCGCCCGUCUUGGGCCCUAUCGCGAGCAUCGUGACUUCUACCAAGCCGACAUACGCGCCGAAUUACGAAGUGAAUGCCAAUCUCUACAAGAAGUUCGGUAGGCUCGUCAUCAACAAGGGCAAGGGCCGAUAUAUCAGCAGUGCUUUCUGGUCGAGCGUCAAGGAUGAGUUUGACCAAAUCCGAAGCGGUGUGAACACCUUGUCCGACGAGACCGACUACACAUCCGAAGAGGAAAAUCCCGAACCGAUCGAAACCUCCGGCCCGCAAAGUCAUGACUCGUUUUUGUUUGGCUAUCGCGCUUGCGACAUUGACCUAUCUACCUACCAUCCUCCCGCACACUUGAUACCCUUCCUUUGGAAGGUCUACCAAGUCAACGUGGAGCCCGCCAUCAAGCUCAUCCACACACCCACCGUGGACAAGAUCUUCCAGGGAAUAAUUAACGGCAAUCGGGAACUAAGCCCUCCCAACGAAGCUCUUGUGUUUGCCAUCUAUUUUGCCUCUUUGGUGGCACUAGAGGAGGAUGAGGUGCAAGAGAAGUUUGGCUCGCCCACAGCACCCCUCUUAACUCGCUAUAGAUUUACUCUCGAGCAGGCGCUGUCCAAGACGAAUCUGAUGAAGAGCCUUGACUUGACCUCUCUUACCGCGCUUACCCUCUUUCUUGCAGUUGUGAGACGGCAUGAUGAUACGCGGUUCUGCUGGACAGCGACCGGCCUACUCAUAAGAAUCGCCCAUGGCCUGGGACUUCACCGUGACGGCACGCAGUUCAACCUGCCGCCGUUUGAAACGGAGAUGAGGCGGCGAGUGUGGUGGGUGAUAUGUGGUAUCGAUAUGCGUUCGGCCGAGGAGAUGGGGACGGAUCUCAUUAUCGUCAGCCGCACUUUUGAUACCGAGUUUCCCACCAACAUUAAUGACGAAGAUAUCAGCCCUAGCUCGACCAAAAUGCCGCCCGCUCGCGAAGGUCUUACGGACGCCUCGACGGCCAUUGUUCGCCAUGAAGCCAUUGCGUUGAGCCGCCGACUUUUCGCUCUUGCCACUGCGGCGGGCGGCGUAUGCCCCAAGGAUAGCUCCUCGAGCAUGGCGGAGCGUGAGCGUAUGCUUGUCGAGACGUAUGCCCGACUCGAGGCCAACUUCCUCAAGUAUGUGGACGGUGCCACGGGUCCUCAGGUUAUCAUGGCGACGCUAGUUGCCCGUAUCCUCAUGGCCAAGAGCUCGCUCAUCAUCUACCAGCCCGCUCUGUUCCCCGGCAAGGGCGCUGGUCUCUCGGACCAGAUCAAAGAACGGCUCUUCGUGUCGGCCGUGGAGAUUAUUGAGUACACGUAUAAACUCAACACCGAGCUUCAGUUCAAGCCAUGGCGAUGGCUAUUCCAAACCUACACGCAGUGGCACGCCAUCGCGUACAUCCUUCUCGAGAUGUGCCGACGACCAUGGACCGCGACCCUGGAGCGGGCGUGGCACGACCUCAACCGAACAUUGAACAGCCGUCAGAAUUUCGACCUGACCAAGACGGCGGACCAUCUCGCAGUGUGGAUGCCGCUGCGGAAGCUACUUCUCAAGGCGCGCCGGCACCGCGAGGCCGAGAUUGAUAGACUGCGGGCAAAUCCUGAAGAAGUACUAAGGCUAGAUAAGGAAGACAGCGCAAACAAGCACCGACAGCGAUUCGGACGCGUGGCGCCAGAAGUCGACUUGGACGACGUGCGGUAUCGAUGGCUGGCGCUCGUAGGACCGCAGUUCUCCAUGGGCGGCGCAGCAGCGGCGGAUUAUCUACCCCAGACUACCGGUGGCCAACAAGCCCCGUUGACGAGAAACGUCGGGCCCGAGGUGGUUUUGGACGGCAUGCGGGAGGCCCUCAUUGAGGAAAUGAUGGAUGGACCGUUUGACCCCAUUGCGUGGUGGAAAGUCAUGUCUCCCGUGACGAGCGAUUCGUCUCCCGUGUCGCAACAUGCACCGCAACAACUCCAACAAUUGCAACCACAGCAACAACAGCCGCAACCCCAACAGCAGCCCCUCAUCUCACCCCCAGUGGCCCGCGGGCGCAGGCGCUCGGUAUUCACGGGAGCCAGGUAUUGA